UCAGCGCCAAUUUAGUUCGAUACGCGUCGCGCACAAACGGAGUCGAAAAUCCACAAUAAACGUGUAACGGGAAGGAAAAUGCACAAACUGCAAUUGCUAUGUGCGAUCGCGGUGGCGAUCGCAGCCAUCUGCCUACAGUGCAAAGGUCAAGCAGCGGCGUCAAAUAGUCAAUUAGACGCGCUGAAGAGUCAAUUUCUGCCUGCUGAGUACAAGAAUCGCAAUUUUACAGUGGAUGAGCUGAAGAAAGUGCUGCGCGAAAAGUGUAAAAAGGCGGCGGGCGGUGUGGAGAACUCCACACUGUAUCAGGAGAUUGAGAAAGGCAGUACUGUGUUGACCAGCUGUCUAGCUGGUUUGGCCAAUAUGACAGCGUUGCAGCAAGAAAUCGAAGCGGCACGCCCUAUCGGCGAGCUGGACACAGUAUUCAAUAAAUACUGUGAUAAGGCGCCAAGCGCUGUCAAGUGUCUGCGCGACUUUAAUGCCAAAGUGCAACCUUGUCUGAGCGCCAAGGAGAAACAACAGAAUGUCGUGCUCAUGCGCAUCGCCACAGGACUGGUGGAUUUCAUGUGUUCGCGUGGCGGCGAUCAUAUAGCACUUUUCGUUGCCGAAGAGGGUCCCGAGUGCUUGGAAGCGAAUCGUGAUGCAAUCAAUGUGUGCUUAAACAACUCAUUCCAUGAAUUUCUGCCCAAGGACAUUAAGGUGCCCGAUCUCUUCGAUUUGCCCGACUUGGUGUUGGAGCCGGGUCAUUGUGUCGAUCUGGAACGUUUCCAAGCCUGCACCAUACACCAUUUGGAGCAGUGUCGCGAAAUUACACCAGCCAAUGUAGCCGAGACGGUGUUUAAGUUCAUUAAGAACGAAACGAGUUGCAAUCAAUUUUUGCAAGCGAAGGCCAAUGAGCAUCCGAUAUUGGUGAAGGCCAGUGCUGGUCGCGCCGAUGCGACUGUGCAAGCAACGAGCUUGUUUAUUUUGUUACUGAGUAGUAGUUUGAUGUUGUUCGUGAGUCAUAUACUGAAGUCUUGAAGCGGUCGAUAGUAAUUAAUAUUGAUUAUUAUUUCAUAAGUAAAACGAUCAAAUAUGUUUUCAAACAAAAGCGAUUAUUAUCGACAAGUGUUGACCAACGUUUACGUAUAAAAUUGAGAAAUCGAUUUUCUCACGACUCAAUUGAAAAAAUUAGAACAUUAUAUCACAACUUUAGAUGCGAUACUUUUUUGGUACACUUUUGAUAAUAUAUUGAUAUAUUUAUUAAAUUGAAA